AUGUUUAAUACCCUUUUCCCCCCCAGCCCCCCCCGAACGGUCAAGCCAUGUCACAGUGGCAGUGGCGACGACGGGAGUACGCAGGGUCCUUUACCUUCACCUCCAAUCCUCGACGAUCCAUCCCAGCUGCCUCCCAUCUAUCCCCUGCCGCCCCGCGUUCGUCCCAAGUCGGUGCUGGCUGCAGACCUCGAGACGCCAGACAGCCAUGUGACGCGAGAUGCACGCCUCAUCCGCCUCACCGGCCUUCAUCCCUUGAACGCCGAGGCUCCGUUAAGCGACCUUUUCGACGAGGGGUUCCUGACGAGCGAAAACCUCCACUACGUGAGGAACCACGGCCAUGUUCCCCAAUGCCAGGACCGUCAUGUCUGCGAUUGGACGUUUUCCGUAGAAGGCAUGGUCGCUCAUCCCUUCGCCCUCAGCCUGAGGGACCUCAUUGCCACCUACGAUCAAGUAACCGAUCCAGUCACUCUCGUGUGUGCGGGCAAUAGGCGGAAAGAGCAAAACGUGAUUCGCAAAUCCAAAGGCUUUUCCUGGGGCCCUGCCGGCCUCUCGACGGCUCUGUGGACUGGCACGCCCAUCAGGGACCUGCUCGCUCGGGCCAAACCCCUGAGGGGCGCCAAGUAUGUGUGCUUGGAAGGCGCAGACAAACUCUCCAACGGCCACUACGGCACUUCCGUCAAGCUCAGCUGGUGCAUGGAUGUGCAAAAGGGUAUCUUGGUGGCCCACAAGAUGAACGGGCGCGCCCUCCACCCAGACCACGGGAAGCCCCUCCGCGCCGUCGUUCCUGGGCAGAUUGGCGGACGCAGCGUAAAGUGGAUGAAGAGGAUCGUUGUGACGGCCGAUCCCAGCGACAACUGCUAUCACAUCUACAACAACCGAGUGCUCCCAACCACCGUGACUCCAGAGGCCAGCGCAGACUUGCCCGAGACCUGGAGGGACGAAAGAUAUGCAAUCUACGACCUCAACGCCAACAGCGCCGUCUGCUAUCCGGCACAUGACGAAAGAAUAUCCUUGGUGGACGGGGCGAGCAUGUACAAGAUACGAGGCUACGCGUACGGCGGUGGCGGCAGACGCAUCACCAGAAUGGAGCUCACCCUCGACAGAGGCAAGACGUGGAGGCUGUCGAACAUGGACUAUCCAGAAGACAGAUACCGAGCUGUACCUGAGACCGAGACGCUUUGCGGUGGCAAAGUGGACGCUUGGUGGAGAGACACGUCUUUCUGCUGGUGCUUCUGGGAAGUCGACAUCGCCGUGGCCCAGCUGGAGGCUGCGGGUGACAUUAUGGUCCGGGCCAUGGACGACGGGCUCAUGGUACAGCCUCGGGACAUGUACUGGAGUGUACUGGGGAUGAUGAACAACCCCUGGUUCAGAGUCGUGAUCCACAAGGAGGGAACCACUCUGAGAUUUGAGCAUCCCACCCAGCCCGGCCUGAUGCCAGGUGGCUGGAUGGAAAGGAAAGCGGUGCAGCAAUUGGCGGAGACAAGGAUACAAAUGACCAGCCUUCAAAUCGACCGGCUCAUCACCUUGGAUGAGCUCAAGGACCACGGAGACGAGACACGCCCUUGGUUCGUCGUCGACGGCAACGUGUACGACGGCGCGCCGUUUCUGGACCGGCAUCCCGGCGGCGCCGCCUCGAUAGCCGGCGCGGCUGGCCAAGACGCAACGGAGGAGUUCAUGGCCAUCCAUAGCGAAAACGCAAGGGCCAUGAUGCCGGAACACCACAUAGGGAGACUCGACGAGGCAGCACUUGCUGCACUGUCGGACAAGGUCGAGGAGAGCGACCCCAGUCGUCCUGUCUUCCUGGAUCCCGGCGCAUGGACCAAGGCGGUACUACAGGAAAAGGUCAAUGUCUCGGCAGACACAAAGCUAUUUCGCUUCAGGCUCGACCAUAAGCGUCAGGUGGUUGGCUUGCCGGUCGGCCAGCACCUCCUAAUGCGUCUCCGCGACCCGGCCUCACGGGAGGACAUCAUCCGCGCCUACACGCCGAUAUCCGACGGCGCGGAUCAGGGCGUCCUGGACGUGCUUGUCAAGAUUUACUACAACACUUCCGAGCGCCAAGGGGGCAAGAUGACGCAAGCGUUGGACGCCAUCCUCGUGGGCCACUUUGUCGACUUCAGGGGCCCUCUGGGUAAAUUCCAGUACCUCGGCAAGGGCCUCUGCUCCGUGUCGGGGAGGCAACGCAAGGUGCGGCGCUUCUACAUGAUCUGCGCCGGCUCCGGCAUCACACCCAUCUUCCAGGUGCUGCGAGCCUUGUCCGCGGACCAGCAUGAUGCAACCGAGUGUACCCUGCUGGACGGGAACCGCAUCGAGGAAGACAUUCUCUGCCGCGCGCAGCUGGAGGACAUGAUGGGGCGCAGGGGCCGCAUCGACAGGGCCAUGGUUGAGGCCGAGAUUGGGCCUCGCGACACCGAAGGGGGCGACAUGGUCCUCCUGUGCGGGCCCGAGAAGUUGGAGAGGAGCAUGCGUGACAUUCUCUCCACCAUGGGCUGGACAGACGACCAUCUUGUCGUUUUCUGA